GAGGGAAUGCUAUACAACUUCACAGGGCUGCUCAUUCGCGGGAACAACAGACAAGUGCAGUCUGGCUCAAUAACGAGGUCAAGCCAUUCUCUCCUGGAUUGCUCGUCCUCGAUUGCUCAGAUCUGCCGCAAAUGUCACACCAAGGCAACAAUCCCUUUGACGACAUCCUCUCACCCCAGCCACGACAAGCAACCAGACCAAGGGAUCCAUUCGUGGAUGACGAUGAUGAUGAUCUCUUCGACCAAGCUCAUGCAGAUCCAGUAGCGUCAACUUCCAGCUAUAACGGUCAUCCUCACGCUUCUGGACCAGCAGAGGCUGCACAGCAUGGUUACGCACUGGAUCCCUUCUUUGAUGACGACGAUGAGCUUGCCAAUAAUUCAGUAGCGAAUGGCUAUCAGUCGGGCUCGACUCUGUCCAGGGGAUUAGCAAACACGUUCAGGCGCUCGAGACAAGAGGGAUCGCAGCCCUUAGCUGGCGCUGGCGCUGUUCCGGCAGGAUUUGCAGGCUACGAUGAUUACAAGUCUGCGAGCUCGGUCAAGAUCGGUGGAAUGCCGCAUGAUCCGUUCGAGGAUGAUGAUGGCCCAUCGGCCUACGCCUUUACGCCAGAGGCGAACGGUCCAUACGGUGUGAGCAGGCGGAGCAGAUGGCAGAGAAUCAAGGAGGACUACUUGACCGAUGUUGACUGGUAUUUUGGUCUCGGUCAACUAUUCGGACGGAAAUCUCGCUUCGAAGGUGUUCCUCGAGACAUUCAGCUUAAUGACCCGGAGGCCAAUCGAGUGAAAGGCUUCGAGAAGAAUACAGUUGCGACCGGCAAGUAUGGGCCGUUGACUUUCUUGCCAAAAUUCUUGUUUUCGGAGUUCUCACGUUCUGCAAACUUGUUCUUUCUCUUCACUGCUAUCAUCCAGCAAGUGCCGAAUGUCUCACCUACCGGUCGAUGGACCACCAUAGUUCCAUUGGCAGUAGUUUUGAUUGCAAGUGCUUUCAAGGAGAUUCAGGAAGAUAUUAAACGUCACGCUUCGGAUCGGUCCCUCAACAGCAAUCCAUCAGAGGUGUUAGUAAAUCAACAAUUCGAGGUUCGACCUUGGCGAAGGAUACGAGUCGGGGACAUUGUUCGGUUGUCAUCGAACCAAUUCAUCCCAGCCGACAUGAUUCUGCUGAGCAGCAGUGAGCCGGAUGGCCUGUGCUACGUGGAAACUGCAAAUCUAGAUGGGGAGACGAAUCUCAAGAUCAAACAAGCCCACCCUCAGACAGCGCCCCUUACCAAUCCCCAAGCCGUGUCACUGCUGAGGGGUCACGUCGCCUCGGAGCCACCGAACUCGUCUUUGUAUACUUAUGACGGCACAUUCUUCCUAUCGUCAGCCCACGCAGGUUCCGCCCCUACCAGAAUACCUGCGGGGCCGAAUCAACUACUAUUACGCGGAGCGCAGCUGAGAAAUACGAACUGGCUGUAUGGACUGGUCGUUAACGCUGGGCACGAGACCAAGUUGAUGAGAAAUGCUACUGACGCUCCAAUCAAGAGAACAGCCGUCGAGCGCCAGGUCAACAAGCAGAUUCUCUAUCUUUUUGUUUUCCUGCUCAUUCUAUCCAUCGUGUCCACGGUUGGGAGCAGUAUACGAACGUGGAUCUUCUCCUCGCAGGACUGGUAUCUGCGCGGUGACGUGAGCGGGAACAAGGCCAAGCAAUUCAUCGAAGAUAUUUUGACCUUCAUCAUUCUGUACAACAAUCUCAUACCUAUAUCGCUCAUCAUGACUAUCGAGGUCGUCAAAUUCUGGCAGGCAUCUUUGAUCAACUCUGACCUGGACAUGUACCAUGCUCCGACCGAUACGCCGGCAUUGUGCAGGACGUCCUCAUUGGUGGAAGAACUGGGGCAGAUUGCAUAUAUCUUUUCGGACAAGACAGGAACCUUGACUUGCAACGAAAUGGAGUUCCGAGAGUGCAGCAUUUUUGGGACCAUGUACGCUCAGGUAGUGGACGACGCGAAGCGGGAUCAAGGUGCUCAAACCUUCGAUACUAUGCGAUCUAAAUCGCACGAAGCGUCCGAAGAGGGCCGCGUGCUCCGCGAAUUUCUCACGCUGCUCGCGGUGUGCCAUACAGUCAUUCCUGAGGAACGCGACGGCCGUAUCGUUUUCCAAGCCUCAAGUCCCGAUGAAGCCGCCCUCGUCGCCGGAGCAGAGCUUUUGGGCUACCGCUUUCAUACACGCAAGCCUAAGAGUGUUUUCAUCGAUGCCGGUGGAAACGAGGAAGAAUUCGAGAUUCUCAACGUCUGCGAGUUCAACUCAUCGCGGAAACGUAUGUCGACUGUUGUCCGCUGCCCCGACGGCAAGAUCAAGCUAUAUACCAAAGGAGCCGAUACUGUCAUCUUCGAGCGACUUGCCGGGAAGCAGGAUACAGAGGCGACUUUGGCCCACCUGGAAGUGAGCAAUGCCUAUCUCGAACGGCCCAUGUCCGCUUAUAAAGUCCAGGAUUAUGCUACAGAGGGGCUUCGGACAUUAUGCCUGGCCUAUCGAGAGAUAUCCCAGUCUGAAUACGCCGAGUGGGCGCAGAUUUACGACAACGCCGCCGCGCAAAUGUCUGGGAGAGCAGAAGCUCUGGAUCGUGCCGCUGAGAUCAUUGAACGGGAUCUGCAGCUGCUAGGCGCCACCGCUAUCGAAGAUAAACUUCAGGAUGGUGUCCCAGAUGCCAUUCACACCCUGCAGCAAGCCGGGAUCAAGAUCUGGGUUCUCACCGGUGAUCGUCAAGAGACUGCGAUUAACAUUGGACUUUCCUGCCGUCUGAUCUCAGAGGCCAUGAAUCUGGUGAUCAUCAAUACGGAAACCGCCGCGGAGACAGCGGAAUUGUUGAACCGUCGACUUUUUGCAAUCAAGAACCAGAGACUCGGCGGGGAUGUCGAGGAGCUCGCUUUGAUCAUUGAUGGAAAGAGCCUCACAUUUGCUUUGGAGAAGGACUGCUCGGAAGUGUUCCUAGAGUUGGCUAUCAUGUGCAAGGCCGUCAUAUGCUGUCGAGUCUCUCCAUUACAGAAGGCUCAAGUGGUCAAGCUGGUGAAACGAAGUACCAGCGCACCCUUGCUUGCGAUUGGGGAUGGCGCGAAUGAUGUCAGUAUGAUUCAAGCAGCACACGUGGGAGUCGGCAUAUCUGGUGUGGAGGGACUUCAAGCUGCUCGAUCUGCCGAUGUCGCCAUUUCUCAGUUCCGAUUCCUACGGAAGCUGCUGCUUGUCCAUGGAUCCUGGAGCUACCAAAGACUGUCGAAGCUGAUCUUAUUCUCGUUCUACAAGAACAUAACGUUCGCGUUAACUCUUUUUUGGUACUCGUGGUUCAAUGAUUACUCGGGACAGAUAGCGUUCGAGGGAUGGUCCAUGUCGUUCUACAAUGUCGUUUUUACAAUUUUGCCACCACUAGUCAUUGGUAUUUUCGACCAAUUCGUGUCCGCACGCAUGCUGGACAGAUACCCUCAACUCUACCAAUUGGGGCAGCAGAACUAUUUCUUCACUCCCAUUACGUUCUUCUAUUGGGUGGGAAAUGCCUUGUAUCACAGUGUAAUCCUCUUUGCAUUCUCUGUCCUGGUCUUCCGCAACGACCUUCUGGCAGCCGACGGCAAGAACUCUGGUCUCUGGGUAUGGGGGACCACAUUGUAUUUGGCUGUACUUCUUACCGUUCUGGGCAAGGCUGCACUGAUAUCAGAUGUGUGGACUAAGUACACGCUCGCUGCUAUUCCGGGCUCCUUUAUAUUCACUAUGGUCGCUUUGCCGCUAUACGCCAUCAUCGCUCCCCUGCUGAAGUUUUCAAUGGCCUAUCAGAACAUUGUGCCGCGGCUGUGGGCAGAUCCAGUCUUUUAUUUUGUCCUCAUCCUGCUACCGAUGGUCUGCUUGCUUAGAGAUUAUGUCUGGAAAUACUUUCGACGAACAUACUACCCAGCCUCAUACCAUAUCGUGCAGGAGAUCCAAAAAUUCAACCUCUCCGACUAUAGACCACGACAGGAACAGUUUCAAAAAGCAAUCAAAAAGGUUCGAGCUACCCAGCGUAUGCGACGGCAGAGGGGCUUCGCUUUCAGUCAAACGGAAACCCACAGUCAGGAUCAGACCCGUCUUAUCAGGUCAUACGAUACAAGUCAAGCCAGGCCAUCUGGCUAUUAG